GAGGAAUACAAACUUCAUGAAUGGAGACUUCAUACCUGAACUGGGAAGUCCAUCAUGUCCCCUAGCUACUUGGGGUUAAGACUCGUGGAUUGCUUUGGUAUCUCUCAUGGCACGUUGUCCAUGUCUAUCUUGAGUAUAGUGAACGGCUCUCUUUAUUCUUCUAUUCUUGUUCUAGGAUAUGGAUAAUAACAUCCUCUUCGUCUUCCUGGAGAUUAUACUCGCCCUGUGUAUCGUGUCCUUGAAUCUUUUGGUCUGUGUCACUGUAUACCUACACAAGGAGCUGAGGACAGUCACCAAUUUCCUAAUUGUGAGCUUAGCUGCGGCAGACAUUGGCGUCGGAGCACUUGCCAUCCCGUUCUCCAUCGUACUGAGUAUGGAAUACACACUCUGCUUCUAUACCUGCAUUUUCAUCACCUGCUUUCCUUUGGUCACCACGCAAUUCUCCAUUCUCCUUCUUCUUCUCAUCGCAAUCAAUGCCCAUCUGAAGAUUAAACUCCCAAACAGCUACUCCGCAUGCGUGACCAAUCGCCGCCUGGCUUUAGCUGUGAUACUUUGUUUCCUGCUCUCCUGCCUCAUUGGCUUCUCUCCGAUGAUGGGUUGGAACCAGUUUCAGCAAUAUGUAGGUGGCAACAGGUCUCUAUCUGCCUCAGAGAGGUCCUUGAGAGGUCUCCUACUUUCACGCAGCGCAAGAGAUCUUUCCAAGGCUUAUUUCAGCCACAAAGAGGUCUCAAACACCAGCAAGGUUCAUGGGGACCACCUGGGUUGUUGUACCCUUACUGCGGUGUUCAGCCCAGAAUACCUUGUCUACUUUGUGUUUUUUGGCUGUACUCUGCUGCCCUUGCUCAUCAUGCUGGCCAUUUAUGCCGAUAUCUUCAGAGUGGCCCGAAACCACCUUAGGUCUGCAAAGAAGUGGGAAACACAUAUGACGCAGACCCUUCUCCUCUUGGUUGGAAUCUUCUGCUUGUGUUGGAUCCCACUCAAUGCCAUCAACAGCCUUAGGCUCCUUUGUCGAUCCUGCACCGUCCCUAACUCUAUUAUAUUCUUGGUUGUGCUGUUCUCACAUAUGAACUCAUUUGCUAAUCCUCUCGUCUAUGCCAUGAGGAAGAAAGACUUUGGCACUGCCCUUAGAUCUGUGUUUCUACGCUUCUUGAACUGCUGGCCAUCACCCAAGGUUUGCUGCAACAGAGCGAAGGUUCAUCCGCAACCCAGCUGACAUGGCGUCACCUCCAUACGCUUCAGCCCCUAUUCACAAUGAACACUACUUUGUAUGUAUUUCAUAAAUGUAAAUGAAACAGAGCAAAACAGUUGCUGGCUGUGAUGUAGAGCUAUAACUAAACCAAAAGGUAAUCCUUUAAAAGAAAAAAAUAUUAAUUCUCCUUAUCCUUUUUACUCUUCUGAUCAGAAAAUGCUCAGUAACCUGGAAGUUCCCUCAAUAUCCUAAAUACAUAUUUAAUUUCAG